AUGAUCGUAGCCCAACGGUAUAUCUUUUGGUACGACAAGUUUUACCUGAAAUCAUACAUCCCGACGCACAUCAACUUCGGCAACUACAUCCAGGGCGUGCUGACGGGCGUUAUCUACAACGAGCUGCAGAAACGGUCGAUCAAUCUGGCCCAAAGUAAAGUAUUUAGCAUCGUGUGGCAUCUUACCUUCGUGAUCGUAUUCCUCUCGAUGUUGCCGUCCUACAUGUUCUACGUGAAUGACUUCCCCACGCCAUCGGUGUGGAUGGCUGCGUACUUUGUCGUGUCGAAGAAUCUGUACGGCAUCGGUGCAGUGAUCGUGAUUCUUGGCUGCAUUUACGGUGUGAACGGUGUGGUGAAGCGUAUACUUAACUAUCCGUUCUUUGAACCACUGGGAAGAUUGACGUACGGUGCUUACCUGGUGCAUUUCUCCGUGAUGCGCCUCAUGUUUUUCAGUGUACGGGCACCGGUUCACUACAGUGACUUACUGGCGGUAAUGCAGACGGAUUCAAAAUAA